UUCAAAGACUAAUUUAGCCAAAGACAUUAAAAAACAAACAAAAAAAAACUAAGACUGAGUGUGUUAUUCUAAAGAUCAAGAAACGAUAAUGGGGAGAGCUCCUUGCUGUGAGAAGAUGGGUUUAAAGAAAGGGCCAUGGACUCCUCAAGAAGAUCAAAUCUUGAUUUCUCAUAUUCAAAUUUUUGGUCAUACUAAUUGGCGUGCACUUCCUAAACAAGCUGGUUUGUUAAGAUGUGGAAAAAGUUGCAGACUUCGAUGGAUAAACUACUUGAAGCCAGACAUUAAAAGAGGAAAUUUUACUCAGGAAGAGGAGGAAUCUAUCAUCAAAUUGCAUGAAAUGCUUGGCAAUAGGUGGUCAGCAAUUGCUGCGAAAUUACCAGGCAGGACAGAUAAUGAGAUAAAGAAUGUCUGGCACACCCACUUGAAGAAAAGGCUAAAACGAAGGAAUGAGUCCAAUAACGUCUCAUUAUUACCAAAAUCAGAUAAUUCAAAUAUUUUUACCACUCCAAAACUAAUUGAAAUUUCACCAAUGUCCCCUCAGCCUUCUUCGAGUGACAUUUCGACACUGUCGGAAACUUCGAUUGUCACCUCGGAAACAAACAGUGCAAGUUUAACCACGAGCGAAAAUAUGGAAUCGUCAUCUGAUGAGAACAUGACUUCAUCAUUUCCGUUGAUUGAUGACGAGUUUUGGUCAGAAUCAGAAUUAAUAAGCAUGGGGUCAAAUUUUUUUGAUGAAUUACAAUUUGAUCAGUUUCAAGGAGAAACUAUGGAAUCGGGCUACUUUGGGAACGAUCAAAAUAUUAUUGAUAACGAAAUGGACUUUUGGUACAAUGUUUUUGUUAAAUCUGGCGGCAUAGGGGAAUUACAAUAAUUUGGAGGAGGAAAUGAGUACUUUUUACAAUGCAAUUUGACCAUUAACAAGGAAAAAACUUACAAAAGGUGUAAGUAGUGGGCCAAAUUGGUCCAAAAAGAAGAACCAUUAUCAUCCAUUGACAAAAUCACAUAAUAAGCAAAAUCUUAAAAAUCUAAUGAUGAGAAAUGCUUUGAUAAAAGCCAUAAAGAAGGCAUGAUUUUUUAGUGAGGAGGGAGAUUAAAGAUUAGAGAUUAAAUUAGGGAGGGCAUAAAUAGAUUAGAAGUUCAUUCAAAUUGUUAGCAUUCUUAUUCAUUGAAUGUAAAUUCAUGAAUCUUGUAAAUAUUGUACCGUAUAAAUAUAUUAAUUGCAAUCAAAAUUAUGCUUAUAUAAAUUGAGAGAGAGUUUCAAUUUU